AUGAAGAAAACUUGCAAAGAGUUGCGGAAGUGCUUGCUUCAGACCGAUGCAUCUUUGUACAACUCAUCUGAGGAGCUCACCGGCCUUCCCAAAACAAGCGUGCAUCGCAUUUUGACGGAAGACCUGCAAAAACGAAAGCUUUGCGCGCGAUUUGUGCCUCAUGUCCUGACAAGCGGUCAGAAGCGCGCCGGACUGGAGCACUGCAGAGACAUGCAGGUAACCGCAGCAGAGGAUUCUGAAUUCCUCCCAAGCAUCAUAACGGGCGAUGAAACGUGGUGCUUCCAGUACGAACCGUCGACCAAACGGCAGUGCGCCGAGUGGAGGUCGGCAGAUGACGAGAAGCUCAGAAAGCCAAGAAUGCAGAAGAGUCGAGUCAAAAAACUCAUGACCGUUUUCUUUGAUUCAAAGGGAAUAAUUCAUAUUGAAUAUAUUAUACAGGGUCGGACAGUAAACACGAAAUACUACGUCGGUGUUCCUCGAUCAUCCACCUACUCCCCAGACCUGGCUCCAGCUGACUUCUGGCUGUUCCCAAAAUUGAAGUUGGCCAUGAAGGGGACACGGCAUGACUCCAUAGAGGACAUUCAAGGCGUUGCGACGAAGUUUCUCAGAGCCAUACCGAAGGAAGACUUCAGGCACUGCUUCGAGCGGUUUUACGGGCAGUUCCAGCGGUGCAUUGAGUCGGCGGGGGACUACUUUGAAUGA